AUGAAAGCGAUACAGUGUCACAAAAAUUGCUUCAAUUGCUUUCAAGAAUUCGAUCGAACCAAAGAAUUGAAUGGUGCAACAAAGAAGGCCACAAUCAAGAAAAUUCCUACUAGUUCAAAAAAAGUUGCAAAGGAUUUAUGUCCAAACACAAAGAUUUCUCUAAAAGAACGUAGUCAAAUACUUGCCACUCAUAAUAAAUUUCGAUCCGAAUUGGCUGCUGGUAGAGUGAGAACCAAGGAUAAUAUUAUGCCACAAGGCGCAGACAUUCGAAAAUUGAAAUGGGAUUGCGAGCUGGAAAGAACUGCACAAAAAUGGGCUGAAUUAUGCCAAUGGAGACAUUCCGACGAAUCGUUCCGUAAUCACAAAGGAGAAAAUCUUUAUAAAGUUAACCAGAAUUUCCCUGUCAAUAGAAUUCGAGAGGCUAUGCAAAAAAAUUUUAUAGCUGGUCACAUGAAAAGAGCUGCUCAAGCAUGGUGGGAUGAGAUGGCAUGGUUCGAAACCUAUAAAAUCGGCUGUGGUAUGAAAACGGAUUGCAUAGAUUAUUCCAAUCCACUUUUAAAACAUAUGCUAUAUGUCGUAUGUCACUACGAUCCACGGGGAAAUACGCUCAAUGAACCAAUAUAUGAAGUGGGGAAGCCUUGCUCCAAAUGCAAACGAUAUCCUCGAUCAAAAUGUGAGAAAAAUCUUUGCGCUGGCGGCGGACCAGCAGUUUACUGCAAGGAUUAUUAUGGCAAUUGCGAAAAACGGUAUUGCUCCUAUACGUUUGACGCACGAUUUGCAGAAGAUAUGAAAAAACAUUGUAAUAAAACUUGUGGAUAUUGUACUGAUUGA